AUGGGUUUCCUUCCCGACUACUCGUUGCACUACCUGUUUGAGACCCUUCUCGUCGCCGUCCUCAUCUACGUCAUCAUGCGGAAUCGCGCCAAACGGCAACAGGAGAAGCUGUCGAAGAAGUUGACGGAACGGCAGAAGGAUGAACUGAUCGCCGAGUGGGUCCCCGAACCGUUGGUGCCCGAGACCCCGCAGGAUCAUCCCGUUCUCAACCCGAAAUAUGCCGAUGGGUAAGGAAAACGCAUUAAAUGAGAACAGCUCCAAAUUAUCAAAAUAAUGUAUUUUCGGCGGCCAGACGUUUUGCAACCAAAAUAAAGAAAAUCGUACGUUUUGGAAACGACUAGAUGUUUGAAUCCGAAAAUAAAGUUUGCAGUUUUCACGUAAGAAGUGUAGUUUUUAAAAUUGACCCUUUUCACGUGAAAAGCCUUUCUUUAUUGAGAGAAUUAUUGGUUCUUUCAGCCGGGAAAUCUCUAUUGAAACCAAAACAACAAUAGAAAAAACCUCCGGAAAAUGAAUAUUCACGCGCCUUCUAUUUUGAUAUUUUAUUGGGUCGUUUACGCGCUGAAAAGCUUUACUUUACGGAGGUUUUUCUAGUGUUAUCCUGCUUCGAAAAGAGGUAAAAGAAAUGCCUUCUUCCCGACUGAAAGGACCAUUUCGCGAAAAAGAAACUCUUACGGUUGAUAUAUUUGUAAAAUGACAAAGGUUAGUGAAUUUUUCACUCCUCAGUUACAAUUUCCAUCAAUUUUUGCAGCAAAAUGACAAAGGAAGUGUCGAUCGACGGCGAGAAAUACCUGAACAUGGCCUCCACCAACUUCCUCAGCUUCAUCGGCGUGAAACGAAUCGAGGAACGCGCCAAACAGACCAUUUUCAAGUACGGAGUCGGAUCGUGCGGGCCACGUGGUUUCUACGGAACCGUCGACGUGCAUUUGGAUCUGGAAAAGGAGCUGGCAAAGUUCAUGGGAUGCGAAGAAGCCGUUCUCUACAGUUACGGAUUCGCGACCGUCUCGUCGGCGAUUCCCGCCUACGCAAAGAAGGGAGACGUGAUUUUUGUGGACGAGGGCGUUAAUUUCGCCAUUCAAAAAGGACUUCAAGCAUCGAGAAGUCGAGUAGAGUACUUUAAGCACAAUGAUAUGGAGCAUCUGGAAAGAUUGCUUUUGGAGCAGGAACAGCGGGAUUUAAAGGAUCCGAAGAAGGCAAAAACGGUGCGCAGAUUCAUUGUGGUCGAGGGACUCUACGUGAACCACGCGGAUCUUUGUCCGCUUCCGAAGAUCAUCGAGUUCAAGUGGAGAUUCAAGGUUCGAGUGUUCAUCGAUGAAAGCUGGUCGUUCGGAGUUAUUGGAAAGACUGGAAGAGGUAGGUAUUUUUCAACUUCAUGUCUUAGUGGCAAAGAUUGUCAAAAUAUCGAAACAUUUAUCAAAGUACAAAAACUGGGCGCCAAAAACCCGUACAUCACCGUAAUGUUGAAAAUAUGUACACAAAGAAGGCCUAA